AUGCGCCCUAGCUCUUUUGAAAAGUACCAGGUUUCCAUCUGUGACCCAAUUCCAAUCUCUUUCACCAAGUCACUAGCAAGAACAGAGGCUGGCAGGAUCAUGAAGCACAGGGGCACAAAGCGUGUCUUUAUCGAGCACCUUUGCACCGGUGGCUACCAGUAUGCUUCACAGAUUAUGGAUCCAAAUGAUCAUUUAGUCCCCGUUAAGGGGCCCGAGGGCCGAGUCCAAGUUCUUACUGACGGCACCACAAUCCUAAAAACUGACCCGCGACAGCAGAUGGAGAUAACACUGCCUUGGCCUCGGGUAGCCAAUGCCCGUCCGAGUAGGCAUUCCCAAUACUGCACUACUGCACAUUCCAUAACACAAGGUCAGAUCAGCUUAGCCUGGAAAGGUGCCCAUACAACCGCUCAGCAUCUUGACAUAACCAACAUAUAUAUGCCACCUGACAUUAUCACCCUCGAUUACGAUGGUAUGGCUCAUGGUCCGUUGGAGCAAAGUAUAUUUGAUGAUUUUGAUCCGACUACAACUCAUGAUGUUCUCUUCCAUAUCAUCUGUAUCCGGAAUAAAGGGUUUCCUAAGAGGUAUUUUGCGAUUGUAGAGCUUCUACGGAGGCCGCGUGGCCCUGAGAAGAAAAUCUAUUGUGCUAAUGUAAUGGAUGAGACUGACGAUACGGUGCAGAGGCUGAUGAGCUGGUAUGAUCGGUACAUGGACACUAGGGAUAGGGCACCUGAUGCAGACCGUCACCGUACAUGGGUUGAUACCAUUUAUGGCAACAGUAAGGCGACUACCUAUGCCACAAGGCACAAGGUUGCCUAUUGCUUUAAGAUAGCCUCGCUGUUAUUCUGUAAGAAAGGUAGCCUUAUGGUUAAGGAUGAGGCUGGUAACCCUGGCGAUUUACCAAAUCAGGACAUCAGAUUUGGCGCGUCAGGGUCAGAUACAGCACUCAUAAACAGCUUUUUAGCAAUUAAUAGCUUAUAUUAA